AUGAACGAUCCCAAUUCGCUCGUUCCCACCCGGCCAGCUUCUGGUCUGAAGACUCGUGAAUCAUCCAUCACUGUAGCAGUGCGAGUUCGUCCCUUCACAGACAACGAAGAAAACAACCUCAUUCGAAGCACCAACGACGGCUUUUUUCUCGGAGAUGGCUCCUUCAGCAGCAACGCCCCGAAUCAGGAAACUUCCCGAGCCUCAGUGUUUGCUCCCAAGGGAAUCCGUAAAAUCGUAGAAGUCGUUGAUGACAAGAUGUUGAUCUUUGAUCCACCAGAAACCAACCCUCUAACGAGAAUGCAGAAAAAUGCUUUUCCUAACAGCCUUAAGGGCUCGAGAAUUAGAGAGCAUCGUUUUGUGUUCGACAGACUCUUCGAUGUAGAUGCUACCCAGGAAGAUGUUUACCAGAACACGACUCGGCCUCUUCUAGAUAGUGUUCUAGAUGGCUUCAACGCUACGGUCUUUGCCUAUGGUGCUACGGGAUGUGGCAAAACUCAUACUAUUCUGGGCUCUCCACAGAAACCAGGAGUCAUUUUCUUAACUAUGAAAGAGUUAUUUGAUCGUAUAGACCUGUUGGCAGAUACUAAGAUCAUCGAUAUCAGCUUGUCAUAUUUGGAGAUCUACAACGAGACCAUUAGAGACUUGUUGAACCCAGAAACAGAUCACAAGAAAUUGGUUCUACGAGAAGACUCAAACAAGAAGAUCUCCGUGUCAAACUUGCUGACUCAUAAACCCUCUGCAGUAGAAGAAGUAAUGGACCUCAUCCUUGUAGGAAAUCUGAACAGAACCUCGUCUCCAACUGAAGCCAAUGCUACUUCUUCACGAUCCCACGCAGUUCUCCAAAUAAACGUGGUUCAGAAAAACAAAACAGCAGACAUAACAGAAGAACACACUUUUGCUACUCUUUCCAUAAUAGACUUGGCUGGAAGCGAACGAGCUGCAGCGACAAAGAAUAUCGGUGUUAGAUUGAAUGAAGGUGCCAACAUCAACAAAUCUCUAUUGGCAUUGGGAAACUGUAUUAAUGCUCUCUGUGAUACAAGAAGACGAAAUCAUGUACCUUAUCGUGAUUCCAAAUUGACAAGGUUGUUAAAGUUUUCUCUAGGAGGAAACUGCAAAACUGUAAUGAUCGUAUGUAUAUCGCCUCUGUCCCAACAUUACGAUGAGACGUUGAAUACCUUGAAAUAUGCCGACCGCGCAAAGGAGAUCAAAACCAAACUCAUCAGGAACCAACACAAUCUAGACAGACACGUUGGUUCCUACUUAAAGAUGAUUACAGAACAGAAACAGGAAAUUGAAGAGCUAAGAGCACGAGAAAACAAAAUCGUGGAACAGACUAUAAACAAGCAGAAAACAGUUGGGGACAAAUGUCUCCAUCUUCUCUUGGAAAGCAUAGACAACAUCGAAAGUUCUUUGACGAAACAGAACCAGGAAAAAUGGAAAAAGUAUUUCAUCCUCGCAAAGAGAAAGUUACUACUAUUACAGAGAAUUGAAACAGAAAUAAUUUUCGAUAGCAUUCUCAAUUUGUUGAAGAACGAUGACAUUGCUGUUGUCAACACGCUUGCUGAUCUUUGCGAACAGCUCAUAUCGAAGAUUGACUACCAAGUACCAGAAUUGGAGCGACAAUAUUCGCAGCCAAAUGAAAUAGAUCUCAUAUUGGUUGAAUCUACCCAGCAAAUAUUAAAAAAGCUAAAGGAAAACGAAGGCUGGUCUGAAUACUACACCAUUAUAUUUGAAAAACACAUAGGUCAAUUAAGAGAAUCGUUUGAAAGAGAUGUACUUUUCAACUCAUCAAUCUUGUUUGACCAUCUUGUACAUGAAUUGAAUGACUUUAACUACAUUGCCAGAGAUUUUGUUAAUGCAUUGGUCGUUGGUUUUAGAAAGGGACCAGACGUCGUGGAUGAGAAUAUGGAUUUGGUUGAACAAGUAAUCGGAUCUCUAGAGCAGUUAUUGAAUGGAGAGUUCGAUACUGCUAUGGAGAAAUGCACAUCUGCAUUCAUGCAAAGAAAGAUAGAGGAACAAGAAAAACAACAGGAAUUGUCACAACAUAAUUCCACAGAUUUUGAAUCUCUAUCUAAGAACAGCAUCUUGUCCAAACCUAGAGAGAACAAGAGGGGUCCACUAUCGCCUUUGAAGUCAUCACCAUCUAGAAGCAUCAAACGUACUAUAUCGAAGAAACCGAUAACUCCACGAUUCUCACCUAUCAGAGCAAAGAAUACAAAGAAAGUUAGAUGGGAUAUACCUAAAUCCGAUAGUACCUUUGAUUUGAGCAUGGAUGAAUCAUUACAGAACGCAACUUUCAAAAGCGAUCUAGACGACUCCCCUAUAACUAAUAAUAAUGGCACCCAGAACAUCCUCAGCGACGACUUGGGAAUAUCAUUCGAUCCAUCACUUGAUUCUCCCCCACUUGCUUAUUCUAGUGGCAAGAAAUUACUUAGCGACUUAUCCACAACGAAGAAUAAAAAGUCUACAUUCAGUAAUCGUCGCUUGUCAAUAAACCUUAGCUCACAAUCAAUUGAUGGUUCUGGCACCACCGUUUCAAAAUUGCCAUUGCUUAACAAGCAUGCCAGCAUUAAAAUGACCAACACCAAUGGUGCUUCUUUAAUUCCGAACCCUACUUCUCCUAAUCAAUUGGGAAUAGGUAUACCUUUUGUUGUUGACGCCAACAAAUUUCAUGUAGUUGAUGUUGGUAACGGUGAUCGAGAUAUUGGAUCCAGCAGCACUGUUGAACGAGUAGAUUAA